AUGGCGUUCAACUUCGGCGCGGCGGCCGGGGCCGGCGCCGCCAACCCCUCCGGUGAGCGCGGGGCCUGGCGGCCCCCCAAAAUUUGGGUGCAUCAGGUGUCAGAUGUGCACGCACCAGGGUGGACAGAGAGAAACUGGGAAGCCACCUUGGUGCUGGCAGGCCCUAAAGGGCUCUUUGUGAGAGCCGGCACUGUUGAAGAUGAUCCAGCAGCUCUGGUGGUUGUGGCCAGAGCGGACGCCGAGGGCCAGAAGGAUGGAAAAAUAUUUGAUCUUUUACUUGCUGAACUUUCCUUUUACUUCAAACUAACGUUGCCUUGCUCUUUCUCUGCUUCCCGCUUGUCAGGAUUUGGUGGGCUUGAGACCGCAAACUCUACUGCCAGUGGGUUUAAUUUUGGGGGUUUCGGCUUAACUGCUAAUCCUGCAGUGAAUUUUAAUAUUGGGAAUUUUGGUGUUUCCACUACCUCGACUCCACCAUUCAAUUUUGGUAACAGUCUGGCAAGUGCAGGUGCUUUCGGAGGAUUUGGGACAACUACCACCACUGCGGGGUCGGCGUUUAGCUUUUCUGCUCCCACCAAUACAGGCACCAGCGGGCUCUUUGGUGCUACCCAGAACAAAGGCUUUGGGUUUGGCACCUGCUUUGGCACUGGAACUGGAACCGGCUUGGGUACUGGCCUAAGCACAGGGUUGGGCUUUGGAGGCUUCGGGACCCAGCAGCAACAGCAGCAGCAGCAGACUACGCUGGGGAGCAGCUUGUUCAGCCAGCCCACGCAGACGGCGGUGCAGUCCAACCAGCUCAUCAACACGGCCAGCGCCCUCUCGGCCCCGACGCUCCUGGGCGACGAGAGGGACACUCUGCUGGCCAAGUGGAAUCAGCUGCAGGCCUUCUGGGGCACGGGCAAAGGCUACUUCAACAACAACAUCGCUCCGGUGGAGUUCACGCAGGAAAACCCCUUCUGCAGAUUUAAGGCUGUGGGGUACAGUUUGAUGCCCAACAACAAGGAUGAGGACGGCCUGGUGGUCUUGGUGUUCAACAGGAAAGAAGCAGACAUCCGCAGCCAGCAGCAGCAGCUAGUGGAAUCACUGCACAAACUUCUGGGAGGAAAUCAGACUCUCACUGUCAACGUGGAAGGGGUCAGAACAAUGCCGGAUGACCAGACCGAAGUCAUCAUUUACGUUGUGGAGCGCUCGCCCAACGGCACCUCGCGGCGGGUCCCGGCCACGACGCUGCACGCGCACUUUGAGCAAGGCAAUAUCAAGACGUCGCUGCAGCAGCUGGGCGUCACGCUCGCCAUGGCCAGGACGGAGCUGUCCCCCGCGCAGGUGAAGCAGCUCCUGCAGAACCCGCCUGCCGGUGUCGAUCCUAUUAUCUGGGAGCAAGCCAAAGUCGAUAAUCCUGAUCCUGACAAGCUUAUUCCUGUGCCAAUGGUGGGGUUCAAGGAGCUGCUGAGACGACUGAAGGUGCAAGAUCAGAUGACCAAGCAGCACCAAACCCGCUUGGAUAUCAUAUCCGAAGAUAUCAGUGAGCUGCAGAAAAACCAGACAACCACCAUGGCGAAAAUCGCGCAGUACAAGAGGAAGCUGAUGAAGCUCUCUCACCGCACUCUCCAGGUGUUAAUCAAGCAGGAAAUCCAGAGGAAGAGCGGCUAUGCCAUCCAGGCGGACGAGGAGCAGCUUCGUGUACAGUUAGACACAAUCCAGUGCGAGCUUAACGCGCCCACGCAGUUCAAGGGCAGACUCAACGAGCUCAUGUCCCAGAUCAGGAUGCAAAACCACUUUGGAGCCGUGAGAGCAGAGGAGCGCUACUACGUGGAUGCGGAUCUCUUAAGGGAAAUCAAGCAACACCUGAAGCAGCAGCAAGAAGGCCUGAGUCACCUGAUAAGCAUCAUAAAGGAUGACCUGGAGGAUAUAAAGCUCAUAGAGCACGGCCUCAACGAGAGCAUCCCCAUCAGAGCGGGCAUCUUCAGCUGACCACGCGGCUGCCCGCGGGGGGGGGUGUCACACGGCAGGCGGUCACUCCAUUCGCUUUCCAAGGCCAACAUGCCUGAGAUGAAUUAAAACGUGCAUCUUCUGCAGGUGUCGUGGCUGAUAUCCUCAGAAUUUGCAGAGCCUCUUGGAAGCUUUUCACCUUGACCUUCGGAAGGCUAAUGUUUCAUAAAGCUCUGUAUGCUUUAGUAGAAGGAGGAAAACUGAAUCUGUUCAGAUACUGAUUUACUAUAAAAUUAUUAUGUACUAUUGUACAUUAUUUUUAUUUUUUUCUCAACACCAUUGUCUAAAAGAAGCAAUGCUGAGGGCACUGGUCCAAUUGCGACUUGUUUUGUGGAAAACUGAGCCUGCUUCCAUUUGUGUCAAAAGAAUUGGCUAGUAACAUGAUGUAAAGAGCUAAUUGAGAUGAUUAAAGUCACGUCUGUUACUUUUACAGUAAGUCUUGACAAUACCGUUAUUGGAGGGGAAAUGGCAGGAAGCUGACAUUGUCUGUCUGUCCUUCCCUGCGGCUGUAGGGAGUUGAAGUUUUUAUGUUAUCACUUUGUGUAUGUGAGUUAUACAAAGCUCAGCUGCCCCUCAAGCAACAACUGAAUGUCU